UAGGGAGAACAUUGACAUCGGUUGGGCAAACCGACUUUUAACGAUGAAGCUGAUCUUCGUUUGUCUCGUUGUUGUGUUUUUUAACAAAACAUCUGGUAAAGAAUUCUUCUUGGAUAAUCCUCUUGAGGGCAGUGCAAUGGGGGGCGAUCUUGGAGACGAUGGUUGCCACUGUGAGAUGAACGAAUGCAACUGUUGUAAAACCCUGACUUUACCAAUGGUUCAUAUCUCCAAGGAAGCUUGUAUUGGAUUGGCGUUCAACAAUGCGGAGCAGGCGUUUCACGUCAAGUUUACGCUUGAUGGGAGUAACAUCUUUGACAGAAAAGUUCAAGGAAAGGAUCCAAAACCACUCUGUGUGAACAUUCCUGUUCUGAAGCAUCUUGUCAAUGUAUGUAUUGAACUCGCAGACAUCAAGAUGGACACAACUGGACUACAAGGAUGUGUAAAUCUUGUUGCGUCUGCUUUUGUGGAGAAAAAGUUUCGCAUCGGCUGUUUUAAAAUGCCGACCGCUCAUACAAUGGACAGUGCUGAAGUUUUGGUCUUUGAGAGAAAAAUUAAGAUCAGAAAUUAAUGCUUCCAUAAUUGCUGUCAUUGUUGAACAAUAUUAUGCUUUUCUGUAAAAAAGUUGAAUCUGAUUCGUCGAGAAACAUUUUUUAAAACAACAAAUAUUCUCUAUGAAAAAUGAUAACACGUACUCGAUGGUACAUGUAGCUACAAUCAUUGGUUAUAUUCCAAAAAGUAUUGACUGAGUUUAGUCUAAAAACCGUGUUUAGACUAUAUCCUAGUUUCUUACAAUAUUAUUUAAUGACUAAAAACAAAAAAAGUAUACAUUUUUUUUAUUAAACCCUUUACAGUGUUUUGAAAUCAUAAGUCGUUUUCUACAAAUACAUUACUGUAUACAGGGUUAUUUUCGCCCCGUUUUAUUUUCGCCCUUUCACUCUUGCACACAAUUUUGCCCCGUUUUAUAUUCGCAAAGUCACAGUUUUUUAAAAGAAAUUGUAUCAUUUGAAUUCGCCCCUUUUUAAAUUCGCCCAACCUAGGUUAGGGCGAAAGGGGCGAAAAUAAAACGGGGUCGAAAAUUUCCCUGUAUACAGUAACUUUAUGCUUUGAAAUGUGCGCUGAAAAGGGACUACGGUUCUGUCAUCCCAAUCUUUAAAUUGAAUUUGUAGAGAACAUUUUAUGUGUCGUUAUUGCAAUGAGAGAACCAGUUGGUUAAAUAAAAUAAAGACAUAAACUGAUAUAUCCUUUGACUAUAUUACCCACUGUAGGGCUGCAUUGUUGAAAACUUGGACAUGAACUGAAUGCCUUGGUAGUAAACAUCUGUCAGCUUAAAUUAAAAAUUCCAUGAAAGCCUA